AGGGAGCAUUUUGUUCAGGACGGGAGAGCCGUGCCGUUAUGUCGACAAGCUGUGGGUUGUAACAGUUUGUUCUGCCUGUUAAACCGGAUUUAAACGCGAGUGGAAGUUCUAUGUUUUAAACCGUCCUGAUAAAGGAUCUGUUUAGGGUUGCGUUCUUUCGUAUAAUAUCCCGUAUAAACUGUUAAGUUUACCGAAGUGGAAGAGGAUCGUCGGAUCGCAUGUGGAUCCAUGCAGACUCGGUCUGGAUAGUAUUCUGAGGAUUGCAGCUGCAGGCCAUGUACUGAUGGAUACAUACUGUGAGGUGCCACUCCAAGAGAGAUGCAAAUCAUUCAGAAGAGACAGGAACUUUGAAAGAAUGAAGACAAGCUAGAUAGUGUUGUCUCCCAAGAACAACCAACGUUUUCUUGGUAUUGGUAAAUGUAUACUCAUACAACUAUUUGUACAAGCAAAUGUGUACCUGGACUGAACACAUACUUAGAGAAACCUGAAAAGUAACAUUUCUGGUUGAAUCUUCGAAAGCACUUCUUGACACAAAGAGAUCAAUAUGAGUGCUGAAGGAUAUCAGUACAGAGCGCUUUAUGACUACAAGAAGGAGAGGGAGGAGGACAUCAGUCUGCAUGUGGGGGACAUCCUGUUGGUAAGCAAAGGAGCCCUGGUGGCCCUUGGGUACACUGAUGGACUGGAACAGAGGCCAGAUGAGAUUGGCUGGCUGCCAGGCUUCAAUGAAACCACUCAGGAAAAGGGGGACUUCCCUGGGACAUAUGUCGAGUUCGUCGGAAAGAAGUGGAUCUCUCCUCCCACCCCCAAGCCACGGCCCCUCAGACCCCUACCUGAAGCUCCAGGCGUCUUCAGGGUGGGGGGGGACUGCGACUCAGAGCAAGGUCUCUGCCUGCUGGACUUGACGGAGCAGUUUUCUCUCCCAGAGACGAGUCCACCCAUGAUGGCCAGACUCAUCGAAACUAUUGAGAUGAAAGGUGUGGAUAACCCCACUUUAUAUCGAACAUUUACUGCUGGUGGUGGACUUGAAGUCAAACCGUAUUUUGAAUGUGACCCCCCCUCUGCAGACCUGGAUCAGGUGGAGCUUCCCAUCCUGUGUGACGGUCUGCGCAGGUACCUGCAGGACCUCCCUCAGCCCAUCAUCCCCACUGCAAUAUACGCUCAGAUGGUCCUCACUGCCAAAGAGGUGGUGAAUCCUGAGGAAUGUGCUCAGCUGCUACGUCGCAUCGCCAGCGCCCCGACCCUGCCUCCGCAGCAUUGGCUAACCUUCCACUGUCUGCUCAGGCAUUUCUCCAGAGUGUGCCAAAACGGAUCCAAGAACCUGCUCAGUGCCAGAGCCCUGGGCGAGAUCUUCAGCCCUGUGCUCUUCAGACAGCAGACCACCAGUUGUGAACCCAGCUUGGAGGCCCACAUCAAGAUCAUUGAGGUUCUGGUGACCAGUGAAUUGAGUGAAAGUCAGGCGGCUCCAGCUCUACCUCCAAAACCACCCAAGCCCACAGCUGUGACUAACAACGGUAUGAACAACAACAUGGCGCUGCAAGACGCCGAAUGGUACUGGGGAGACAUCUCAAGGGAGGAGGUCAACGAGAAGCUGAGGGACACGGCGGACGGUACGUUCCUGGUGCGAGACGCCUCUACGAAGAUGCACGGAGACUACACUCUGACUCUGAGGAAAGGGGGAAACAACAAGCUCAUUAAGAUAUUCCACCGGGAUGGGAAGUACGGCUUCUCGGACCCUCUGACCUUCAGCUCAGUUGUGGAGCUCAUCAACCACUAUCGCAACGAGUCGCUGGCUCAGUACAACCCCAAGCUGGACGUCAAGCUUCUGUAUCCAAUCUCCAAACUCCAGCAGGAUCAGGUGGUGAAAGAGGACAACAUUGAGGCCGUGGGGAGGAAGCUCUGCGAGUACCACCAGCAGUACCAGGAGAAGAACAAAGAGUACGACCGUCUGUAUGAAGAAUACACCAGAACAUCACAAGAAAUCCAAAUGAAAAGGACAGCUAUCGAGGCGUUCAAUGAAACCAUCAAGAUCUUCGAGGAGCAAUGCCAAACACAAGAGCGCUACAGCAAGGAGUAUAUUGAGAAAUUCAGGAGAGAAGGCAACGAAAAGGAGAUCCAGAGGAUUAUGGGCAACUACGAGAAGCUGAAGUCCCGGAUUAGUGAGAUCGUAGACAGCAAGCGGAGACUGGAGGAGGACCUGAAGAAACAGGCUGCAGACUACAGAGAGAUCGACAAGAGGAUGAACAGCAUCAAGCCCGACCUCAUCCAGCUCCGCAAGACCAGAGACCAGUACCUCAUGUGGUUGACCCAGAAGGGAGUCAGACAGAAGAAACUCAACGAGUGGCUCGGAAUCAAGAACGAAAACACAGAAGAUCAAUAUUCUAUGGUGGACGAUGAUGAAGACCUUCCUCAUCACGACGAGCGCUCCUGGAAACUGGGCAACAUCAACCGGCUGCAGGCGGAGGCGCUCCUCCAGGGCAAGAGGGACGGAACAUUCCUGGUUCGAGACAGCAGCAAAGCAGGAUGCUACGCCUGCAGCGUUGUUGUGGACGGUGAGGUGAAGCACUGCGUCAUCAACAAGACCCCCUCAGGUUUUGGUUUCGCCGAGCCGUACAACCUCUACGGCUCACUGAAAGAACUCGUACUUCACUACCAGCACACGUCUUUGGUCCAGCACAAUGACUCUCUGAAUGUGACGCUAGCGUACCCCGUUUACACCCAGCAGAGACGGUGAGGCUGUUUCCAUGGACACAAAGAGGAGGCCUCGUAGAGAGUUAAGAGAUACAGGUCCUUGGACUCCAUGAUUUAAAGAAAGAAGAGGCUCUGUUUGCCUGACCCAGAUUUGAAAUCGGAGGAAGAGGCGCCGUUAAGCCUGAAACAUUUCAGUGACUUUGCCCGACCACGAGCCUGAGGCGAGUCUGAAUGUAGAUGUAUUUCUCCGUUGCUUUUUGUGGGAGCACAGAAUGGAGAGGAAACUGCUGAACUCUCUGCAGCCGAGGACGUUUGAGGCCUUUUCCUAACGGUGCUUGUUCUUUUUCAAAGCUUUACCAGCCGGGAAUGUCUAAUCGCAACAGAUGAACUCUUCAAAUGGAAGUGUACUCACCGGCCACGGCUUUGUUUUUCCACUCUUCGUUUUAUUUUCCUUUAACGUCAUCUGUGUGUGUGUGUGUGUGUGUGUGUGUGUGUGUGUGUGUGUGUGUGUGUGUGUGUGUGUGUGUGUGUGUGUGUGUGUGUGUGUGUGUGUGUGUGUGUCAACACAAGUGUUUUUGUGUACGUGGCUGUGAGUAUGUGUGAUUGUCCAUGUGACCAAAACUCAUAGAAUCAGGAAAAUGUGUGGCGUCAGGGGGAUGUGUAACACAUUUGCUUGUGUUAACUGUUCAGUAGCAGACCAUGGAUCAGCUGAUAAAUGUAGCAAAAUGGCACUUUUUAAACAAAGUUUAAUUUUUUUUGAAAAAGACUCCUAUGGACUUUUAUGAGAAGAGCAGAGAGGAGGAGGCGUCUGCAUUGUGGCGCAGAAGCAAACUUGAUCUUUACUGUGGGCAGGUGAAACUAUGAAUGGACUCAUUAUUUCAUGUACAUAUGUGAAAAGUCAUGAAUCAAAGUGCACCAUACCAAAAAGGAUCAGUUCCUGUUUAGUUAUAUUCUGAUCUGCUAUGCAAUUCUUUCUCAAUUAUUUCUUCAGAACUGUGUUUUAUUCUGUUGCAACCCACGAUAUAAGCUUGUUUUAUUGCUUGAAAAGUAUAUUUUCCUGUGUAAAUAUCCAAGAGGAUAUUUUGUGUCAAAAUGCCAAGGUACGGUAAAAGAAAAACUGCUUAUGGCUUUUAAAAGAUAAUAAUAGCAAAAUACACUUUACUAUAAAUUACUUUAACAACUGGUAUAAAGAUGGAAAAGAUGAGUAUUUUAUUUUUUUGCUUCAAACUAAUGUUCUUCUCAGGCAGAGCCUUCUGAGUAUUUGAGCUGCUUCAGUCACAAAUACUAUUUCUCACAGAGAUACUUGUAGUUCUCUGUUGGACGGACAGAGAGCACUCAGAGAACGGGAGGAUGUGUUCAACCCUUAUCUAACCAUCACCACGAAAACAGCAGUAUAGAUUUAUUUUCUUAUCAAAUAUAUACGUAUGUUCCCACAUGAGAAUAUAUCAAAGCAGACUGGCGUUUUCAACAGAUGGAUAUUGUUAUUAAAAGAUCGAUUUACAUUGUCCACCUAGUAUUUUUCUGUAUCAGAAAAUCACUGUGUUUACAUGGUUGGAUCGGCUCAUUUCAGAUAGUCUAUAAUUUCAUAUUUCAAAAAGGACAACAUGUGCCAGUGGAAUCCUUACCAGAAAAAAAGUCAGCUACAGCUCAACAAGAUUUACUUUCCCACAUCUUUAUUCUAGCUUUUAAAAGUACAAGGGAUCGGUACGUGUGUAAACCCAGUGACAUGAAAAGAAUUAAGAACAUUAUUACUAAUCACAUCAAGUCUAACUGAUUAUUAAUUCACUUCAAAAAUGGUCUGCCCUAAAAUAAUUUUAGAUGUUAUAUUUGUAUUCCCACUCAUUCCCAUUCAUGCUCACUUUUAAAUAUAUAUUUGUGUAACAAAGAGAAAUAAAUAAAUAAAAGUUAACCUAAUGUAAUUAUGAUUUAUUUUCAAAUUUGACUCUUAAUAAUCUCCAUCUUUGGCAUCUCUUUGUGCAAAAAGGUAAAUAGAUUACCAGUCUCAAAGUGUUCACUUCCUUUCAAAAGAAACGUGUACGAUCAAUGAUACAUUUCAUGUCGUUGGACAUUAAGACAUUUCUCAGCAUGGAAACGUUGUAUAAUUUUUUGUUUCCUGCAUAUUAUUCUCCCCUCGUGGCAGAAAAGUUGUACGCUUGUACAAACUACUAAAUUGUGUUUUAGAUGUAUUUGACCAGGUAACUCAUCCAAGAGAAAAUUGUAGCAAUGAUAGUAACUGCCAUUUAUUCUAGGUUUUAUUGGUUCUGAAUCAUGAAUGACAUGACAUUUGUUUUACUAGAAGAUUUUCCUUACUCCCCCAUCAGCUGCUGGCAUGAACGUUUUGUUUCUCAUUGUCACAAAACCAUUUUUCCCCCCCCAAUAGUUCUUGGACAACAUGCACCAUUAUUUUCUUUGCCCCAGUUCUGGGUUGUAUGAUUAUCUUAGGUGUCUUUUUUUUUUUUUUCUGAAGCUCAUCUUUUUGUGGUUGUCCCAGACAUGAUGAUUGGAUUGAGAUUUACCAGUGUUCUCCAAGUUUUGCUUCAAAUCUGUAUUGGGCUUUGUUAAAAAGGAAAUAAAAAGCACCUCUUUUUAAGAAACAA